UAGGUUAUCUUAUUUAUAUAUUUAUAUCAGCAGAAUGGUGUGUACCCAAUAAUUCAGUUCAUGUUCGAAAUUAAUCCCCAUGGAAGUUAAUAAUCCCCUUUUCUACUCGCCCUGGAUUGCUGCCCUGAUUUCAUUGGCAGUUGCAGCAUCUUUCUAUCUUCUUGUUGUUGCAAGAAAAUCAUAUGCAAACGAUAAAUCCUCGACUAAAUUACCUCCAAUGGCUUCAGGUGGGUGGCCCUUAAUCGGUCAUCUCUUUCGGCUGUCGGGCCCGGAGCCACUGCACAUAAACCUGUCGAAAAUGACAGACAAGUACGGCCCGAUUUUCUCUCUUCGGGUCGGUGCACGACGCGCCGUCGUACUGAACAGCUGGGAAACGGCUCGAGAUUGCUACAGAACGAAUGACGUGGCCUUCUCCAAUCGCGCCAAGACGGCGGCUGUCAGGCUCAUGGGCUACGAUUUUGCCAUGCUAGGGUUCAGCGACCACGGCCCGUACUGGCGGGAAAUGCGCAAGAUCUCUGUCCUGAGGCUUCUGUCUAACAGAAAAGUUGCUGCGCUGGGGAACAUGGUGAAGCUUCAGAUCCGGGAGCAGAUGAAAUCGCUGAAUGAGGAAUAUUAUUCCCGCGGCGGCGAUGAGAUGGAGAUGGUGGUUGUUCCGGACAUGAGGAAGUUUUUCGGGGAUGUGACGGUGAGUCUUAUGAUCAGAACGGUGGCGGGGAACGUGGAGAAGGAGACCAAUGCGAAGAAGAUGGAGAAUUGGAAGAAAACAAUCAGGGAAUUUUUCGAAAUGAUGAAUGUUAUCACCGUGUCGGAUGUUCUUCCGGCGUUCAAAUGGGUCGAUUAUUUUGGAGGGAUGCACAGGGCUUUCAGGAAGACAGGGAAAAGCUUCGACGCCAUGCUUCAAACCUGGCUGACGGAGCAUAAGAAGCUUAAAAAAGUUGCAGAACAAGGAGAAGACGACGACGACUUCAUGAGUGAAAUGCUUAGGGCUUCAGAUAGUGUUGCUGAAGAGUUCCCCUUUUUCGACGCUGACACCAUAAACAAAGCAACCUGUCAGACGAUGAUGGUGGGAGGGGUCGAUACGAUGACGGUGACUUUAAUAUGGGCAGUAUGUCUACUUCUGAACAAUCGGGAAACCCUAAUUAGGGCUCAGGAAGAGCUAGACAAGCACGUCGGGAGAGACAGGCUGGUGAACGAAUCCGACCUGGAAAAAUUACCGUACAUCAGGGCAAUAAUCAAGGAAACACUGCGCGUGCAGCCGGCGGUGCCUGUCAUUCCACGGCAGACGGGGGAGGCUUGCGAGGUGGGAGGCUACCACAUUCCGGCGGGGACGAUGGUGUUCAUCAACACCUGGAGGAUCCAACGCGACCCUGAAGCUUGGAGAAACUCCCUGGAAUUCAGGCCUGAGAGGUUUCUGACGGAUGAUGUGGAUGUGGAUGUGCAAGGGCUUCACUUUGAGCUAACGCCGUUUGGCGGCGGACGGCGGAUCUGCCCUGCAAUUUCGUUCGCCAUGAAGACGAUGCAGCUGGCAUUGGGAAGCUUCCUCCAGGGGUUUGAUCUGAGAACUCUGUCAGGUGAAGAAGAUGUCGACAUGGAAGGGUCUUUUGGCAGCACGAAUCUCAAAGCCACUCCCCUGGAAGUCUGCCUCAGGCCCCGAUUGCCACGUCAGCUUUAUGCAUCUGUCUGUUGAUUGAAAUGUCGAAUGGACUGUAAAAUGUACCCUGUGUGUUUGAUUUAAGUAAAUGAAAGUGUGAUGUGAAUUAUAAUUA